UACUUGCCGGAGCAGAUCGCCCAGCCGCUCUCUCCUGCCUCUGUGACUCUGCAGCUCCUCCCUAAUGCACCAGGCUUGUGUUCCAGCUGUAGUUACUUUCCACUCGGCUUGGAACCACAGCAAGAGUGUCUCACACAGACAGACGAGGAAGUAAGAUUUCGAGUUUAACGAGCUGAAUUCGGAAAGACUGGAAUUUUAUCUGCUACGCGGUGGCAACCAGUGAAGAAAAGGCCAAGAAAAGGAAAGCAUGACCAAGAAGAACGACCAAAAGAGCUGUCUCGGCAUAUUUUUAUUUCUUUUUUAAUAUAUACCAUAGAUAUAUUUGUGUAAAUCAGUGCGAGAAGAACUCUAUAAAGUGGUAGUCAUGUUCAGCGACUAGACACAACCUCAGGUUCAGCAAAGGUCAGAAGUCACCAUGAUCGACUUGAGUUUCCUGACCGAGGAGGAGAAGGAUACUAUCCUGGCUGUGUUGAAUAGAGAUGCCGAGCUGAAGAAGGCUGAAGAGCACCGUGUAGAGAACCUGCAGAAAACGGUGAGCAAUAAAAGCCGGCUGAAGUACCUGACCGGAGAAUGGUUUUACGAGACCAAGCAGCGUCGCCAUCAGGAUCGCAUCCAUGGCUCCGACCUCAUCCGGGCCUCCAUGAGACACACCAAUAAACCGCUGACUAUAUUGGAGCUUUCCCAGAUAUUGCCUGAGAGGUCCAGUUUUGUCUGCAGCGCAAAUAAAGAUGUGUUUGUCCCACCUGUGCUCUGUGGACUCAUUCAGGAGCCUUCCGCACAGUUCACCGGUGAUGGGUAUCUGAACCAGAACCCUUAUGAAAUCCAACAAGAUACUCCAAAACCAGUUCUACAGUCACCUACAAAGCAGAGAAAAAACCCAUUCAACAAUGAGCUUGUUUUUGAAGAAAAUCUUUUAUUGGAUGGAGCAACGGCUCAAACCCAGAUGGCAAAAGCGGAUGUCCCUGAUCACCGCCAUUUAAAGACACUGAGCCCUGCAGUGCUGAGCUUUGCUUCUACUCAGCAGAACACAUGUAAACCCUUUCACCAUAUAGAACCUGAAGACGAGCAAGACUUUCAGAUAAAGUCCAUUGACAGGUCAACUGGGCACAACACUCAUCUUAAAGCCACCUUAGUUACUCAGCCGUCACCUGAUGGUAGCUCAAAUAUUAUAGCCCAUGCUGUUUCACCAAAACCUGAUCAGAGACUGCUUGAGAGAGAGAAAAAUGCUCAGGCGCAGAGUUCACAAAAAGACCCACAAAAUGUACCUGAGCAGAAAGACAAAGCUACAAGUGAUGACGACAUAACAUUACAACUCCCAGGGCUGCACAACACUCAGGUCAAAGACACAGAAAGCUCAUCUGCAGAUAAUCAGCAGAAGGCAACAAAAGGCAGAACUGCUCAUUCUUCAGAAAGACUAUCCACCCUGAGAUCCUUCUGGGAGAGAGAAAACAGCAGAAAAUACAUAUAUAGCAUAGAAGAGGAAAAGCCUGAAGAUAUCGCCAAGACAGAAGUUUUGCAUGAUGCUGUGACUAAGCUUGAUGUGAAGACCUUAAACCACAGUCUUUUACCACAUACAGAAAGGGUAAUGACAGAGCAGCAUAGUGGUAGUAGCUCCCACGGAAAUCCUUUCUUACCACCAACUGGUUGCGACCUUGUAGUAGAUUUGUCCAAAGACGAUGGCACAUAUAGAGCUAAUCCAGUCCUUAUCUACGAUGAGACAGAAGAUGUUCUGACGUGUUCAGUUACAAAGUUCCAUAGUUCAGAGCCACAGGAAAACUUGUUAUCUCGUGCACCUCCCUCUGGUGCUAUUAUUGGUGCCAAAAAACAAGAGGAACAUAUCCCGAGUCCCUUUCCCAGGCAGUCCAGUUCUACUGAUCAAGAACCCCAGGCAACCAAGGAAACAUCAAGCAGCCCAGUCCCUGACCUGAAUCCUUUCACAAAUAACAGAGAGACGACUGCGGGAGAGGCACAAACAUCUCCCUACAGAGCCAGUACGAAUGAAACAGUGACAGACAAGGCCUUUGUCAGUCAGGUUCUAGACCGGGCACAUCUGAGGGACUCUGAUAGUCCUUCAGAUGAACAGAUGAUGAGUCUUCAGUACCAAGUCAAAGCUGCUACUGAGUCUCAAGAAAGAUCCAUUAGUCCAAGUAGAUCUCAGCCUCCAAGAUCAAAAGAAGAGGACGACAAAGCCAGGAGAAGUCCAUCUAAGACCUGCCAUCCCAAAGCCCUGCCUCGAGAAUCCUCCGGUGCUAAAGCAUCAGUGCUGGAAGGCUCCCCCUUGAAAACCUUUCAAAUAGACAUCAGCCCUGAAACUAAACUCACCAAAGAGCAACAAGGGAAACCAACACCGGUGCCAAGACAAAGAACAAGUCCCUCGCAUGCAGCAAAGCAGACGGUGGUCACGGACACUAGCCCUGGUACAGACUUAACCUCUUCUCCUCCACCUCUGCAUUCAGAGGACAGAGUGACUAAUUUUAGUCAAGUAACUGCCCAACAGAGUAAUACAACUCCACCAACGUCUCCACAGUCCAAAAAACCUUCAGACAAAGAGUUGGGGACUCAACUCGCAAGAGCAGUCAUCCCUCAGGAUCAGCAGCACUAUCUUGGGCCCCAGGAGAGGGCCCACAUUCCUGAUUUUCACCAAGAAAGGGCUGACAAUGCAGAGAAAGAGAGACAGCAAAGUCUCUCCGAAGACUUUGUAGAAAACCAGAGUGACAAUCCCACUGAGAGGAACCCUCCUAGAAUUGCUUCUCGGAUUAUGGAAAGCAAAGACGAAAACGCCAGUGGAGAUGCAACAACCAAGGCUUGGUCUUUUUCUCGGACAAGUUCAGGCAGUUAUGGUGAGGGUUCACAUCCUGUGAUGUCGGCUCUGAGACGAUUAUCUUCAAGGGGCAUGUCAUCAUCCAAGAGUCAUGAAAAUCUCACCUCAGAGACAAGAGAACAGAGGAUCCUAAGUAACUCAAAGGAACUGUUUUCAAGUGUGAAUGAUGUUUCUUCACUAUCGCCCUCGGCCUCUACUGCCAUGCAUAUGAAAGCGUGUGCGUCUGUGCCAGUCCUUCAGCAGGAUGAGACAGACAGUGACGGCAUCUUUGAGACUAACUUGGGAUCUAGAAGAAACACCAGCAGUUCCAUGUCUAACCUAAGUAUAUCCUCAGGAAUGGCCUCUAUGUCGUCUAUCAGCGGCAGCAUGAGCAGCAUUUACCCCGCCGACUUUGGUGCCAUUGACGUCCAGGGAAGCAUUCAGUUCGCUGCGAACUACAUCCAGAAGCUCGGAGAGUUUCACAUGUUUGUGGUGCUCUGCAGGGACCUGGCGGUGGCCGACACCAAGAAAAACCGCUCUGACCCGUAUGUGAAAUGCUAUCUUCUUCCCGACAAAACAAAGUUGGGAAAGAGAAAGACCAAAGUGAAAAAGAAGACGUUAAACCCCAUCUACAACGAAAUGAUCGGGUAUAAAAUUGAUAUAGAGACGUUGAAAAGUCAAAUUUUGAACGUCUCUGUUUGGCACAAUGAUACUUUUGGGCGGAACGUCUUCCUGGGUGAGGUGAACCUGAAUUUUGCCGAGUGGGAUUUCAGCAACACGCAGAUAAACGAAUAUACAUUAAAAGCCAGGGCCCCAUCACAAAACCCACCCCUGUGUCUGAUGGACGUCAGAGGACAGAUGAGAGUCGCCUUGAGAUUCCUGCCACAAACAUCCCACAGUAAGAAAACAUCGAGGACGGCGACUGGUGAGGUGCAGAUUUGGGUGAAAGACUGCAAGAACCUUCCUCCAGUCAGAGGAAUCAUUAUUGACCCGUUUGUGAAGUGCACUGUACUUCCUGACGUUAGUCGGAAAAGCAGACAGAAGACACGGGUGGUGAAGAGGACCGCCAACCCCAUGUUCAACCACACCAUGGUUUACGACGGCUUCCGGGCUGAGGACCUCAGAGAGGCCUGUGUGGAGAUCACAGUGUGGGAUCACGAUCGACUAAAAAACCACUACAUCGGCGGUCUGAGGCUCGGACUAGGGACUGGGAAGAGUUACGGCGUGGAAGUGGACUGGAUGGAUUCAACGUCAGAUGAAGUCUAUCUGUGGCAGAGGAUGCUACAGUCCGAUGGAGAAUGGGUGGAGGACGUUUUGCCCCUGAGAGUGUAUGUGAUGGCAAAGAACAUGCCACAGUGAAAUCGGGCAGAUUUUGUGGUACUUGGAUGGAGCAGCCGCAAUGAACCAUGUUUAUAGCUUUGUGUAGCAGAUGAUUCUUUUAUUUGUAUGGUCAAACUGCACAUUCAGUCAGCCAUCUCUUAUUAUAUAAAAUGAUUACAGUACAAUCUAAAUGAGAAAAUAUAAAUAUUGAAUUGAUUUGAGACCUAAUGAUUUGUAUAUUGUAUAAUGUGAUUAGACGUCUAUCUUCAAGGAACAGGAUGUUUAUGUGACACAGUACCAGGUCUUAUCUCAGUAAACCAGACUAUGUGGAUACACAUUAACUAUUAAACAUCUCUGUGAUCCUCUA